AUGUUUAUAAACUCACAUCCAUCCAUCGGAGGAGCUAUGAAAUUGCCCCAAAAUGCUAUAAAUAUUGCUGGAUAUCAUAUACAAGACAAGGUCAAACCAUUACCGAAGAACUUACAAACAAUUAUGGAUAAAGCCAAAAAUGGGGUGAUAUACUUCAGUUUGGGAUCGAAUAUGAAGAGCGACGGCAUGUCCGAAGAAAUGAAGCAAUCACUUAUAAAGAUGUUUAGCAAGCUUGACCAGACUGUCAUAUGGAAAUUCGAGAGUGAUACGGAGAUUUCAGCACCCAAUGUACACUUUGUGAAGUGGGCGCCACAACCAAGUAUAUUAGCACACCCAAAUCUGAAAGUAUUCAUAACACAUGGAGGCCAACUAUCCACUACAGAAGCAGUACAUUUUGGUGUACCACUAGUCGGUAUCCCUAUAAUGGCAGAUCAGCACGUGAACAUGGGAUCGGUGGAGAGGAAAGGUUUUGGGAUUAAAGUGACAUUGGCUGAAGAUAUGGCUGAUGAGCUUAAUGCUGCCAUAAGACAGGUCUUAUCUGAUGAAACAUUCAAAGCCAAAGCUAAGGAAGUGUCAGCAAUAUUCCACGAUCGUCCAAUGAAACCUGGGCCAGCACUUGCCUAUUGGGUGGAACACGUGGUGCGCACUCGUGGAGCCCCCCACCUUCGCUCCCCGGCGCUCACUGUAUCAUUAUACCAAAGAUGCUACCUGGAUCUAUUAGUUUUAGUAGUACUAAUACAUUUCGUAUUCAUCAUGGUUUUGACAUUAUAUAAAAUGGAUGCCAGUCCCCCUGUUCGGGCAGUUUACAUGGUUAUUGAGGCCCUAAACAUCCCUGAUGUAAAUUACGUCGAAUUGAAUUUAUUGGAAGAUGAACAUCUUAAAGAGGAUUUCUUAAAGCUCAACCCACAGCACACCAUACCACAUUUGACGGAUGGGGAUUUCAAUAUUUGGGAUAGCCAUGCAAUCAUAACAUAUUUGGUGAAUAAAUUUAACAGGGGAAGUUCGUUCUAUCCAAUGGAUCCAGAAAAAAGGGCGCGCAUUGAUUUGAUGCUACACUUCGAUAGCGGUAUUCUUUAUCCGGCAUUACGUACGAAUGACGAACCCGUAUUUUUCGGUAAAGCUACAUCUUUUACUCCGGAAGGUCUGGCCAAGAUUGAGUCAGCUUAUGAUUUUACUGAGAAAUUCCUUAAUGGCGUGCAAUGGCUUGCUGGUGACGAGCCUACACUAGCAGACAUCAGUUGCGUUGCCAAUAUCAGUACACUGAAUGAAUUGUUACCAAUUGACGAAAAUGUGUAUCCUAAUGUCGUGGCCUGGUUAAAACGCUGUUCUGAGCUGGAUUACUACAAAAAAGGAAAUGAGCCCGGCCUUUUGGAGUUUAGAAAACUUUUGAAAUUGUUCCUCGCAAGAAAAUUCUGA